AUGUCGUCUAUCAUCGUGGGUUCGAAACCCGUCCAUCCAGCGACCGUCCACUUUCCCAUCGCCUUCCUCACCACUUCCUGGACCCUCGACCUUCUCUACUCCGCCGUCACCAAUGUGCUCCCUCGGUCAAACUCCCUCGCCAAAUCCCUCUCCCCACACCUUCCCACCCUGACCGUCAUCUCGCACUACUCCCUCAUCCUCGGCAUCCUCUCCGGAUUCGUCUCCAUCGUCACCGGCGGCGCCCAACUCAGCAAGAUGAUCAGCAACGGCGGCAUCUAUGAAGCCGACGGAAAGACGAUGAGGCAGAAGGUCAAGACGGCGUUUGUCCAUGCCGGAAUGAACGAUGUGGCCAUUUUGACGGCGGCGUUUAGUUGGUGGGUGAGACGGGGAAAUGUGGAUGUCUUGACCGGGGCGGUGGUGCCGACCACCACCAACGUGCUGAUCAGUGCGCUGAGUCUGCCGAGUCUGUUGUACUCGGCGGAUCUGGGGGGCAAGUUGGUGUAUAACUACGGAGUGGGAUUGAGCAUGGGAAAGAAGGGAAAGUCGAAUUAG